CAAAUCAAGCCGGUUCGGACACUGAGACAUUGUUUUUCUCGUUAUUAUUAUUAAUUACGCCGUAGAUUGUCUUUGAUAUUAUAUAAAGAUAUUAAUGAGGUUAUGUUGAACGUGCAUUUAUACGAAUUUAAUUAAUUUAAUCUCGAAAUACCGUUGCAUACUGAAAUGUCAACAUGACAAAGCAUAUCAUAACCAUUGUGACUUUUAGUGAAUGAUACAGAUAGCUUUUCUGCAAGAAUGAUAAAGUAGCGUGAAACCCAAGUCCCAUCUCCAAAAUGCCAGGGUUUGACGGGUUUCAAGUUGUCAGGCGUGGAAGAUUUGGAAGAAGACGUUUUGUGCCUCGAGUUCCUGGUCCUGUGAGAGAUAUUGUUGAACCUGAAAUUGAUACUGAAAGGCUGCUACGCACAGUCCUUGAUGCUGUCAUAUCACUGCGGAAUUCUCCAUAUAGACAAAUAAUAUACAACGGUUUGGCGGAGUCCUUGAAUAUCCUCAAUAAGGAAGUGAUACCAGAAAUUGUUUGCUAUGGUUUAGGCAAUUUCUCAGAAUGUCGAGCUGCGAAAUAUCAAUUGGCCGCUUUAUUAACCAUAAAGUCUCGCUACCAAAGUCGAGUUCAUCUUUACGAUCCAGUAUUUUUUUCCAAAGAAAUAGAAGUAUUAAAGACUCUUGGUUUAUUUAUGAUAGAAACCAAUGAAAGAGCCUUAAGAAAAGCUGAUGAUAAUCUGACACUUUUUUAUAUGCCUCACCUUUGUCAAGGCCUGAUUGCAAAUUGUGUUUAUGCUAAUAGGGGAAUAGAUCUCAAUAACUGUAUUUUUAUGACCAACAGUUUUACUGAAAUAGCCCAAACUAUUGGAAUUGAUGAGGAUUUCAAGGACUCCGUUGAAAUGAUUAAUAAGCUGACUCCAUUUGUCCACGAAAUUUCUAUAAAUAAUGAUUCAAUUAAUACAGAAUAUCCGUUAAAUCAUGCAUUUAAUAGUACUUCGAUUCAUGUAUUCCCCAAAUUAACUCUUUCCAAUGUGCCGGAAGAGUUUUGGAAUUCCUUGAACGGACCUCCUUAUUCACCAUCUGAUGAGAUUAAUCAAAGACGUGAUUAAUUUAAUAACAUUUUUAUAUAAAUUUUGAUAUCUUUAGAUUAAAUGUUAUCAAACGGGAUUCAAAAAGAUGAAUUCUAAUCUUCAACUGAUUCGUUCUCUUUUUCGAGAAAUUCGUCAUAUAGCCAGCGAGGGCAAAAUCAAGGAUAAUAUCAUGGUUCAGUACAUCUUGGAACAAGCUAGAGCUCACAAAGAAACUUC